AUGUGGGUGGAUCGGCAAUCUUCCCGGGCAYGCCACAACUACUGGACCUCGGAGCGCCACGGCCAGGUGCAGCUGCGGCUGGAGAAGAACUCGCUGGACUGCGAGGCGCCGCACACCGUGCACGACAUGGUCAUGGACACGGCCAUCAAGUACGCCGACUACAUCGCGCUGGGCUCCAAGCACAAGAACGGCUGGCACACGCUCACCUACAUCGAGUACUACGAACAGUGCCGGCGCGCCGCCAAGGCCUUCCUCAAGCUGGGCCUGGAGCGCUUCCACAGCGUGGGGAUCAUGGGGUUCAACUCCGCGGAGUGGGCCAUCGCCAGCAUCGGAGCCAUCAUGGCAGGAGGUUUCUCUGUUGGCAUCUUGUCCACCAACUCCCCAAAAGCCUGCCAGGUCAUCGCUGAGAACACGGAUAUGGACAUCUUUGUGGUGGACAAUGACAGGCAGCUGCAGAAAGUCACCCAGAUCCAGAGCUACCUGAAGCACCUGAAGGGCAUCGUGCAGUACAAGGAUGAGCUUCAAGUGGAGCAGGAGAAUCUAUAUUCGUGGAAGGAGUUCCUGAACCUUGCAGGCGACAUCUCAGAUGAGAAACUUGACCGGGUCAUCGACUCCCAAAAACCCAACCAGUGUUGCACCUUGGUCUACAGCAUGGGGUCCACGAGCCUCUCAAAGAUUGUGAUGCUCAGCCAUGACAACAUCACCUGGACCACGGCGGCCACCGUCCAGAGCCUCUGUUAUAAGUGUCCCCCGGAAGGGCAGGAGGUCCUGGUGAGCUACUUGCCACUCAGCUACAUCAAGGCCCAGAUUUUCGACAUGUGGGUGGCCAUCUUGGUGGCGGGGACACUGUACUUUGCCCCACCAGAGGCUGGGAGAGUGGGUAUGAUUCCACGUCCCCCUGGAGCGGGCUUCCUGAUGGACAUGCUGCAGGAGGUGCAGCCCACCACGUUCUACGGCACCCCGUGGAUCUGGGAGAGGAUGCUGGACAACCUUAAGACCAGCCAGCUGGACUCCUCCCCCUUCCGCCGGAAGCUGGACUGCUGGGCCAUGAAGCUSGGGCUCAGCACCAACAAGAAGAGGAUGUUUGAGCAGGUCCACCCCCCGCUGUGCUUCCGCUUGGCCAAGAUGCUGACGUUCAACAGAGCCAGGAAGUUCCUGGGCCUGAGUCACUGCGAGCAGUUCUUCAACAUUGGCCCGGGGCUCCCCACGGCCACCCUGGACUUCUUCCUCAGCCUGAACAUCCCCAUCUUCGAGCUCUAUGGCCUGUCGGAGGGCACGGGCAUCCACACCCUCUCCAGCCACCAGGCCUUCCGGCUGCCAAGCUGUGGGAAGGGGCUCCCCAACACCCACACCAAGGUGAAGGAGAACGAGAAGUGCACUGGGAACAUCUGCAUCUGGGGCCGGAACAUCUUCAUGGGGUAUCUCAAUGACAAGGAGGGCACCCAGAAGAUGAUGGACUGCUACGGCUGGAUGAACACCGGAGACCUGGGCUGCUUGGAUGUUAAUGGCUUCCUUUAUGUCUUGGGCAAUGUCAAGGACCUCAUCACCCUGAGCUCAGGGGAGAAGAUCAACCCCCGCCCCAUCGAGGAGCGGGUGAAGACGCACAUCCCCAUCGUGCGCCACGUCAUGGUGGUGGGCCAGGACGCCCCGUACCUGUGUGCCCUCCUCACACUGAAGUGCCAGAUCAACUCAGAGACUGGAGAGCCCCGCACAGCACUGACCAGCGAGGCCGUGGCUUUCUGCCGGAAGCUCAAGAGCCAGUCCACCAGGCUGACGGACAUCCUCCACAAACGCGACCCCGUUGUCAUGGAGUUCAUCAGCCAGGGGAUUAAGGCUGUGAAUGCAGAGGCGCCCUCGGAGAGUGCCAGGAUCAUCAAGUGGGCCAUACUGGACACAGACUUCUCCGUGGGUGGCGGGGAGCUUGGAAUCACGGAAAGACUGAAGAGGGUGGCGGUGGCCAAGAUGUACCAGGCGGAAAUCGAUGACUUGUAUAAGGAUUUUGGUUAA